GAUAGUUUUACAUGCAAAAAAAGCGACACGUCACUGGGAUUUUGAGCAGCAAGAGAGUUGCGAAGGUAAUUUUAACGAGAUAAAGAAGAGAACCCGAACUUAAAACAAUAUGGGUGUCUUCUUCUCCAGGCUUUUCUCUGGUUUAUUUGGGACAAGGGAGAUGAGAAUCUUGAUUCUUGGUCUAGAUGGAGCAGGAAAGACCACUAUAUUGUACAGACUACAAGUUGGGGAGGUUGUCACCACUAUCCCUACGAUUGGUUUCAAUGUUGAAACAGUGACAUAUAAGAAUCUUAAAUUUCAAGUUUGGGACUUGGGAGGACAGACGAGUAUCAGGCCGUACUGGCGUUGUUAUUACUCGAACACCGAUGCAAUCAUUUAUGUAGUGGACAGCUGUGAUAGAGACAGAAUGGGGAUCUCCAAGUCGGAACUGGUUGCCAUGUUGGAGGAAGAGGAACUCAAAAAAGCUAUAUUGGUGGUGUUUGCAAACAAACAGGAUAUGGAACAGGCUAUGACACCCACAGAAGUAGCAAAUUCACUUGGGUUGCCAGCACUAAAAGACAGGAAGUGGCAGAUAUUUAAAACGUCUGCAACUAAAGGCACUGGAUUGGACGAGGCAAUGGAAUGGUUGGUUGAAGCACUGAAGACCAGGCAGUAAAAACCUGCUUUGAGUGUUCCAGUAAACCCUGUGAUUUGAAAUAUCCUCACUGCUUUCUGUUAUUACCUCCUGUGCACCGUGUUGUUGGUAUUGGUUUUUAAACAUGAACACCCUAGUCGUUGAUCAACUGGGUUGUUUCUCCCAAAUUCAUUUCACUGCCUCACCAGCGUGUCUUCAGAGGAAAUGUUCUGGAUGCAUUCUGAAUGUCCAUAAUUUUGUCUAAAUAGAAGCCCCUCUUCAGCCACAUUGCUGUCUCUUGAAUUUGUAAUGUUUAUUACACAGAGGAUUGCAGUUUGAGAUGUGAGCAGUGAAACUUUGACAGCGAUGACCCAUGAUUGUGAUUUAAAAAAAAACAAAAAACAAAAACAGUUCAACAAUGGUAAGGUGUGAUACUGUUAACACGUGAUUACUUCCAGUACGAAACAGUAUAAACAGGGGAGCGUGUUCACAGGUUAAAGGCAGCAUCCUCUUUUAUUCGAAUUACAGGGAAGUGUUCAAAACUCAUCCAGUUAAGGUGAACAUGGAGAGAACAUUAAAAAAAAAAAAGGUUGUUUGCUUUAUUACAGUAUUCCAUGUAUGAUAGGAUCCAUGGCAACUGAAGUAAACACCACUCUGUACUAUAAACUACUUUUUAUUCCUUUCAUUACAGUUUAUAUACCGGUGUUGAUUAUGUUAGAUUUAUGUACAUUUGAUAUUUUUCCAGUUGAUGUUGAGCUUGCUUUUUGGUGUAUUGUCAGUUUCGUGGGAGAGAUUUUGUGUUUUCUGGUCAUUUUUGUUUGUAUUCAGAUACUAAUGCGCACCCAUCUGUAGUGAUUUUUACUCCUGGAUUUGAUGUUUAUUUAUUGACAUUUACAGUAAAGGAUGGCUUCUUUAAAAUAUGAAGAAUUCAUGAAAAUAAACCAUAUAACAUAAUCAUUGCAUUCUGUUUCACUAUGCUGACAAUUUGAAUCACUAAGUCAAAUUUAAAUGUACUAUUGUAGAUAGUUAAAUGAUAAACUGUAGUAUUAUAGUUAAUAUAUGCAAUAUGGGGAAUCCGAGGGUUCAGUAACUUGUCCAUGUCAUUUGACCACAAGGUUGCAUGUUGUUUCCAGUAUGCUCUGUGUUGGUAGAGACCAAAGCCUUAAUGGCUUUUACGGUCAGUUUUUCAGAACGAUCAAUGAUUUAAAGGAAAAGCACUUUGCAAGCACUGAAUUCAUUAUCGGUAUGGUAUGACAGAUAGAGAAAACACGAGACGUCUAAACUAAAUGAGGCAACAUUUGUGCACUAACUAGUGGUUACACCACUGCAAACCGCAUAUCUAAUUGUGAAAUUGUCCAACUCAAUCUAGGUAGGUAAAAAAAAAAAAAAAGUUAUCUGCCACAUAUUUUUAAAUAUUCAGAGCUGCUUAUCCGUUUGUAAGGAAACUUGGUUUGGACAGGAUUAAUAAAGUUAGUGUUUAUAUUGAGAUCCUUUCUGUCUGUUUAUUUUUUACACAUACAUAUGAUGGAUGUAGAUCAUAGUGAUCUCCGUCUUUAUGUUUAUGCCGCUAGUUUUGUAUUGUUGAGGUGGAUGGGUUGCUACUAAACUGAAGGACAUUUUUUUUUUUUUUUUAACUAGAAAAGUGAAGGACAGGUGUUUUCUAACUAGAAAAGUGAGGACAGGGUUUUCUCGCUAGAGAAGUGUGAAGGACAGGGUUUUCUCACUAGGAAAGUGUGUCCCGUUCCUUCAAUUUUGCGUAUUUAAUGCAGAACAGUAAUUCACAGCUGGAUUUUAUCUGUCACACUCAUGUUUUUCAGCCACAAUGUUAGAAUACUUCUUUUUUAUAUCAUAAUGAAGCUUUUACUUAGUUUACUAAGGAUAAAGUGGGUAUUUUAAUUUUAUAUAUAUUUUUUCUAAAAUAUAUUAAAUACCUUCAGAAACAAAAUCAGAUGGUAGAUGGUAAAAAUGUAUUACCUAACUGCUAAGGAUCCACCAUGACUUGGUGUGGACAGAGUGUGCAUGUGGUUUCUAAGUGAUAAUGCCAGAAACUCUCAAUUGCAUUAUUGUCUAGUGAUGGAAAUGUAGGAACUGGGAGAAGAUUCUGCAUGGGUCAAAAGUGUAGUUAGGAAAGUACUUCACAGAGAAAGUUGACAUCAACACUAUCAAUGUAACAUGAAGUGACGGAGAUACUGUUGAGCCAGUGUUGACGACUUGUUUUAUUUCUUGUACAGUGGUUAAUUGUGAUUGUUUUUGUUUUGCCUUGAGUAUGAAUAAAACCUGUUAUGUCUUUCA